AUAUUCGUGUUACAUAUCUUAACAUGAUAGAGAAAUCAGGAGAACUUCUCUUCUUCUUCUUCUUCAUGAGCCUCUGAAUGGGACUUUCUUUUGAAGAAACAGAAUUCCCAAUACAAUAGGUAUCUGUCUAUGCUUGGAGAGCAGACGAGCUGAUAGAUUCUGCAAUUUCCCUUUUUGUGUGUGCAUCUUGUAUUGACAUUUGUUUUAUUUCUGUGUGAACAUAUUGAGCCUUUCUCCCCCUUGAUUGUCCUGACUCUGCAUUAAAUAGGUCAUUUUUGUUAGAGCUAGAGUAGGAGAUUUCUUACCUGGAAAUAUUUGUGAAAGAGUUGGAUCCAGAAACUCUUACUUGUUCUUCAAGUUAUCGCAGAGUGGACAGUGAAAGCUUGCCCAUAGCUCUUCUGGUUGUUCAAAGAAGAAUUCUAUUCACUCCCUCCUAGAAAAUGGGGUAAUAGCUACCACUCCUGAUUGGUGGGUCCAAGACCACAAGCCUAGUUUUCAGUGAUACUCAAGCAACAAUGGGUAGUAAUCACAUUGCCCCGUUCACUUUCAAAAGGAGAGAAGCGGAGAUGAUCGUGAAACUUUCCAGCAGGCUACAAGAGAGACUGAGAACACACAGCAUUGAAUCAUCAGGAAAAUUGAAGAUUUCCCCUGAACAGCAUUGGGAUUUUACUGCAGAGGACUUGAAAGACCUUGGAGAAAUUGGACGAGGCGCUUAUGGUUCUGUCAACAAAAUGGUCCACAAACCAAGUGGGCAAAUUAUGGCUGUAAAAAGAAUUCGAUCAACAGUGGAUGAAAAGGAGCAAAAACAGCUUUUAAUGGAUUUAGAUGUAGUUAUGCGAAGUAGUGACUGUCCAUAUAUUGUUCAGUUUUAUGGAGCACUCUUCAGAGAGGGUGACUGUUGGAUCUGUAUGGAGCUCAUGUCUACCUCGUUUGACAAAUUUUACAAAUAUGUAUAUAGUGUAUUAGAUGACGUUAUUCCAGAAGAAAUUCUAGGCAAAAUCACUUUAGCUACUGUGAAAGCACUAAACCACUUAAAAGAAAACUUGAAAAUUAUUCACAGAGAUAUUAAACCUUCCAAUAUUCUUCUGGACAGAAAUGGAAAUAUUAAACUCUGUGAUUUUGGCAUCAGUGGACAACUCGUAGACUCCAUUGCCAAAACCAGAGAUGCUGGGUGCCGGCCCUACAUGGCACCGGAAAGGAUAGACCCUAGUGCAUCCAGGCAAGGAUAUGAUGUCCGCUCUGAUGUUUGGAGCUUAGGGAUUACAUUGUAUGAGCUGGCCACAGGGCGGUUCCCCUAUCCUAAAUGGAAUAGUGUAUUCGAUCAGCUGACACAAGUAGUCAAGGGAGACCCACCACAGCUGAGCAACUCAGAGGAACGGGAGUUCUCCCAAAGUUUUAUCAACUUUGUCAACUUGUGCCUUACGAAGGAUGAGUCCAAAAGGCCAAAGUAUAAGGAGCUUCUGAAACAUCCAUUCAUCCUAAUGUAUGAGGAACGAACAGUGGAUGUUGCGUGCUAUGUUUGUAAAAUCCUGGAUCAAAUGCCAGCAACGCCAAGCUCGCCAAUGUACGUUGACUGAUACUGCUGCUACAUCAAAACUCUAGUGCAAGUGCUGAGAGAAAACAAGAUGUACAGAAUCUUCACCCCAUAUUGCCGUGUUUUAACGCUCGCCCAGACACCAUGUGCAAUAAUGUUGGUGUUUUUCUUCCAUUCUGUCUGUAUAUUAUUGUCACUUAUAAAGUGCAACCAUUAAUACCUGAUCACACAGUGUUAGUGUUGGUCAAAGAGAGACGUCAUUUUGCUCUUUUUGUGGACAUAUUCAUGAAAUGUGGAAAUAAGUAACAUUUUAUUUGUUGACCAUGAUUGAAUAGCGCCUAAGCUGAAUUUCUAGAUUCAGAGACUUCUCAGCAGCUACUGGAAUGAUUUUAUUAUCUCAAACUCUUCCAAUUGUUACAGAAAAUUUAAAAGAAAGGAAGUUAGGCAUUGGUUUGUCUGAUUCUGGACAUAAAGACACUCUGCCUGGGGAAAAAAGAACUUGUGCAGCCAAAUGAGCUACUUUUACCUUCUGGAGCCAGCAGAGGCAAACAGGGGAUAAUAUAUAAAUAUAUAUAAAUAUAUAUAUAUUUUCUUCACAAAGUGCAAUAGAUAACUGAUUUGAAAUUCUGUUGCUUUUCUGUCACAGUGAAUGUUUUGAGGACAGUGUGGCUCAGCAGAACUUCAUGUUUUGGGGAUGGGGAGAAAGUGAUCAUGUAAAAUGACUUUACCAAAAAUGCAUUGAAAGAUGCCUACUAGUUAAAAUCAUGAGAGGUGGAGAAUACUGUAUUAUUUCAUUUUCCAAGCAAGCCAUUCUUUGAUAGAACUAGGUGUCCUGUAAAUUGUUAUCUGGUGAGAUAAGACUUUGACCUGAAAAAUUAUUAAACACUCAACUGAAUUUAACUGGCUUAUGACCCCUGAUUUCUAACUGUAUCAUGCUCAUUAGCUGGCUAAACCUUUACAUUUGAAGGAUUUGAAAUUGUGAAGAGCUGUAUUACACACUAUUAAUCAGUGAAUAGUUGUAAUUCAUCUCCAUCCACCUGCCCAUGAUGCCCAAAUGCAUAGGCUAGACUCUUCCCAAAGAGCAGGUUUGACAUGGAUUUGUGCUUCUUGUCUGAUAUCCAGGAUGAGAUCAAAUAAGCUUCCUUCAUCCUCUUCAGCUGGAUAGUUGGACUCCCAAAGCCACUGCAAAAAAAUAAAAAUAAAAAAGGAUACUAAGCAUAUUUUCUUUCUUCUGUCUUCUGAGAUUUUCUACAAAUGGAGUUUAGUUUUUAAUGAAGGUUUUUCUAACAACAUUUAUAAAUGAGAGAAUUGAAAUUUUAAAUCUUUAAAAAUACUUGAGAGAAAAAAAGGAGUGCUAGAUUUUAUUGUCAGAUGAGAAAGAACCCUUUAGUUACUAUCAUUAAAGGCACCCCAUCUGCAUCCAGUGAGACAUUGGCUGAAAUCCUGCCAUCAUCAGUGACAAGUCACCCAGAUUAAUAAUAAUUUGAGAGUGUACGUGACUUGUACUUGAUGCAAGAAAGUCACGUGCACCCCAAAAUUGCCAAAGGAAGUCUCUACUCAGUGAUGAUUUGCUACUGAUGAUAAGGGCAUGCGGAGGUCUGCAAUAGGACAUAAGCCAUUCGCUUUUAAGUUAAAAACUGGGUGGAAGUGGUAUUUUUAAGGUCCAAUCCUAUUUGGAAUUCAGAAGGAGGUCAGAGGUAUAUGUGGUAGCAAGGCUGCAUUACUGUUAAAUUAAUAGCUAUUGCCAGCUGGUUGGGGAGGGGGGAGGGACCCAUUGUAUUUGCAAAAACACAGCUUGGAUAAUGCACUGGAAUGGGAAGCUAGAUGAAUUUCAAUAAAGCAAUUUCAUUUUCUAGUGCUCACAGGUGGAGCCUUCCAACCUGGACAUGCUAAACUCCUGGGCAUUCCUCCUUGUCUCUGUUAAAAAUUCGACAGUUUUUGUAGUCCUUUCCUUGUUUCCCAUUCAGCUGUCAUGCAUGUAAGCAGAAUGUGUUUCAGUCAGGAAGAAAAGCUAGCUUCCCAGUCAGGCUCAGUAUACGACUGUCAGAGAGAGAGGGAGACAUGGACAAAUCUAGCAUAUUAAUAAUAGAUUGUUAUAAUAUACUAUUAGGGAGGUUCAGCAUUUAUAUUACAGUGUAUGUUUAUAAAGAUGUAUAGUGUUCAGAAGCUGUGAAAAUAGUGUAAGAACUGUACAUUGUGAGCUCUGGUUAAUUUUUUUUCUUCCUGUACCAUAGAAAAAAUGUAUAAAGGUUUAUUGAGAAGCUGAUGUGCAGGGAUAUUGCCUUAUCGUCUGUAAGUAAAAUGGAGUUUUAACAACAUAAUGGCUUCUAAGAGCUUCCAACUAUUUUAUCCUCUCACAAUUUGACUUCUUUUCCUUCUAUUUAAAGUAUUCUACAUGGAAUCAAAGUGUUAAUGUAAUAGUUCUAUUUUUUUUUUCUGCCUGCAGGUCAGUUGUAAUAAAUCAAGGAUGCAAUGAUGACCUUGUUUUUCUUGUUAUGAGGUCAGAUGUGAUGGAGAAAUCAAUAAAUGCAAAUUGAAAUCUCAUCUUCCUCUGAUCAGGCUUCCCAGUUUGCUGAUUCUUACAAGACAAAUCAAAAUGAAAGGUGAAGUCCUGAGGCUUCUGUCCUCUUGUAAAGUGCAAGAGGCUCAGUGAAUUUGAACCUGAACUGGCUCUUUAAACAAAUCCUUUCUUCCUCGGCCACUUUUUGACUUUACCUGAAUAACCAGCUUUGCACUUGAGGCCUAGCCAUGCCUCUUGAACAGUUCAGGUGCUCUUCAAAGGUUGGAAAUCAUCCUCUUGCUCAUGUGCCCAGAGUUGCAUUUGCUCUUUGAACAAAAGCAGCUCCCUGCUGAUGUCUAUACUCCUAAGAUCCUUCUUACCUCUAUGAUGACCUGCAAUUUUACCUUUCUUUAGGGGUCCGUUUUUGUUGUGCCUGCCAUAUUUUCAUGUUACUUGGUUCACAAAAAUUCAUUCAAACCAUUCUGAAUUCAUUCUCAAGCAUUACUGAGACCAUGAACAGCUCUACCCUUUUUGUUACUACAGGCAGGGUGGGACUUUUCCCCCCUUUAAUUUUAGUUCUAUAUGAAUUUCAGGGAGAAACCACAUUUUCCAAUUCUCUGUUAGCUCUUACAGGGUUUAGCUGAAUUGACAGCUAGAAUUUGAAUUUGCUCAGAUUUGAAGCCAGAUAGACAAGUCACUGUACCUCAUUUUAAUCUACUGCACAAAAUGAUUUGCUAAACUGAAAUGAGGUGUUAUAACCCAUCUUAAACCCUUGGGAUAGACAAUGGAAAAAAAUCUGAAUUUGUAUAAUAAUUACAUGCCAUCAAGUCAACUAUUAAGUCAGCACCAGCAAACUGAAAUGUAAUACCAGCUAUUAUAAAACAUGCACAUGACAUAAUAACUACAAAACCAGAGUUCAGAGUGACAUCACAGGGAUUCUUUUAAUAAGUACAACAGUGCUUGUCUCAGACAUAAGGCAGUGUGUUUAUUUACAGUGUGAUUUGUGUAUGUGUGUAGUUGACAGCAACUCUUUAAAUAAGGAGAAUAAAGCGAUCAUCAAAGCCCUGUACCACAUGACAGCAUUGCACCUAAAACUAUUCUGGAUUCAAGUGCUAUGAAAACGUUUCAAUGGAAUGACCUCUAACGCUGAAUUUUAAAAUUAAAAUGGAAAAUAAGCAUGUGAAGGUUCUUUCUAUUCCUACCAGUGCACUGUGAACAUUUGUAAAAUAGAAAAAAAAACAUGCUUUAAAUAGUGACCUUACCAAACACUUAACAUUUUUAUACAGCAUGCAGCAAUAUUAAAGCCAGGUCUUUUUCCCCUACUUGAAGCCUCUGGAAUUUAAACAGUUUUAACGAGGCUGGAAUUUCAUACACAUUGAGGUCUGCAGAGAUAGGUCUCCUGAUCUUCAGCCAAGAAGACACUGGAGGGCACAUAGUCCUGUUUCGUGUUGUCUUGAUUGCCAACAAAUGCUCCUUCCAGUAAUAAAAAUAUUAAAUACACUCAUUCUUAAGUACAUCUGUAAUGAUCCUUUGUUGCAAUAGUAACUUUUACAAAGUUUCAGGCAAUGGCUAGAUAGAAAACAAUCAAUGGCUGAGACACUCACACCCUCCCGCACACAUGCACAUAUGUGUGGCCAAUGUUGAUGGACCUUUCUGAAUUGGAGUACACAGAGAUCUGCACAAGGAACAAGAACAGUUGUGGAAUUGCUAAUACUGCAGAGCAUCCAACAAGCUCUUCCUUUUCAUUUUGUCAAUUCACAGCUGUAACCUAGAAAAUCUUCCAAAAGAUUUUUAUCCAACUCUCCACACAAAGGAAUACAAUUUGACAAGAAAUCUUGGAGGGGGGGGAGAAUGGCCACAUGGCGAAGGCACCAAGGUGUUCUGUACUCAAGUCUUAUAUAUAUGGCUGGUUUUUAUUUCCCUAUUGUAAAUAGGGACAAGUUUAUAAGGCUAGUGAAGAGAGGAAGAUACUAAAUGUGACUUCGUUUGGAUGACUCAUCACAGAAUAUAUUUUCUUCGAACGUGCUGAUGGACUCCCUGGCUAUGACUGGUUCCAAUCUGAAAGGCAGAUGCAGUGGCAUCUCUGUCAUAGAAAAUCUUGAGCUGGUAUUGCUCAUCAGCUGGAUGGCUCAGUACUGUAGCUUUUUUAUUGUUGGUCUUACUCUUUGAAGCUCAAUUUGCCUUAUCAAGCUGUAGCAGAAUGUGUGUAGUGACUCUGAAUUAUAGCGUGCUAUGGAAUAGACAUACUGUAUUUCAUUCAUGCAUUUUCUAGGGUUUACUACACGUAUUCUGUCAUCUCUUUAUACCUUAUUAUACUUCUACACUUUAUGAAUUGAACAGAAGGAGAGUGUAUUCAUAAGUCUACAUUGUGUUCGUGCUGUUCUUCUCUCCUUUUUAAGUCCUAUAGUUUUGAUAUGUGCAGUAAUGUAUUCGACAGGUGAACCUACUGCCAUAUACCUACUUUGGUGUAUUAUCUUACACACAUGCCAUUAUCUUUUAAUUUGUACAAAAACACUUGUUGCUUAUUUUUGAAGACUGAAAUAUUUAUGUAAACGUGUGUUAAUCUAGCCCACAUUUUAAGUUGCUUUUAAAAAACCAACCACAUCCUGCCUUUAUAGUUACCACCCAAUAAGCACCAUAGGGUUGGUUGGUUGGCUGGUUUUAUUUUGAUUUGUUCAUAAAUUGGCACUAAUAUCUUUUU